AUGGCUCUUACAUACCAUAGUGUACCGGAGGUGUUAGUUGAUGCAUUACCCUACUUUGAUAUUGGUUAUGAAGACACGGGUGUGCGAGAAUCUGCGUUGGCUCUGGUUGAGGAAGAAACACGUCGUUACAAACCUACAAAAAAUUAUCUUGAACAACUAGGCCAACCGAACUAUCAUUCGUUCGAAACAGAAGUGAUGAAAAAUGAAUUUGAACGUCUAUCAAAUCGUUUACCAAUGGAUAUGUUGAGCAUGAAACGUUAUGAAUUACCCGUGCCACCGGCUGGUAAACAAACUGAUGUAACAGCUUGGAACGAAUGUGUUGAAAAUUCGUAUGCACAACUUGAACAUCAAACAACAAGAAUAUUAAAUUUAGAAUUAAUGUGGGAUUAUGGGGCAAAUACAUGGAAAAUUUAUAAUUCAGCGUUACAAACAAUGCUUGAACAAGCACAAAAACAAUUGCUUGAAUUAAGAAAACGCGUUCAGGAAAUAAACUUUCAACGUAAACAUGAGCAAACACAAGCUGGCCAUAAAUUAAAUUCUUUAGAACAAACUUGGGUUGGUCUUGUUAGUAAAAAUUAUGAAAUUGAAUGUGCUAUUGCUGAAUUAGAAAAAGAUAAUCAAAAUUUAAGAAAACGAAAAGAAGGAAAAAGAAUUUAA